UUCACACUGCGCUUAGAAAAGCAGCAGGUCUUAUCACGUUUUUUAAAUUUAUGGUCAAGCUUUAUGGAUCUGCCGGCUUUAAAAAUCUGAGAGACGUUGGUUUCUGAAAAUCAACCUGUAGUAUUUUUCUUUAAAAAACUGGUCAGAACAUAGUAAAAGACAUCCAUCACAAUUUCCCAUGAUGAACCAGACAAACUGCGCCGACCCAAAAGCAGAAUUCCAGUACUAUCUCUUCCCAACGGUCUACAUCCUGGCUUUAAUUAUAGGCCUUCCGGGAAAUCUGGUGGCUCUGUAUGUCUUCACCAUCCGGAUCAGUCCUCGAACGGCCUUCAGCGUCUACAUCAGCAACCUGGCCGCGGCGGACAUCAUCAUCCUCUGCAUGCUUCCCUUGCGGAUCCACUACCACCUCCAUGAGAACGAAUGGGAGUUUGGAGACUUCGCCUGUCAACUCACUGGGACUCUGUACUAUGCCAACAUCUACAUGAGCAUCUGCUUCAUGACCUGCAUCUGCGUAGACCGCUAUAUGGCCACGGUGUAUCCACACACUUACCUGAGAAUGCGGAACCCAAAGUGGUCUCUGCUGGUAAGUGUGGUGCUGUGGUGUUUUGGUGGAGUGGCUAUACUGGUCUUCAUUCUCAUGGGUCCACUGGAGAGAGAGGAUGACCACAGGUGUUUUGAAAACUUCGCCACCACAGAGUGGAAUGACCGAUUGAGGACUUACAGUAUAGUCAGUCUGGUUUUUGGCUCCCUGAUGCCCUCCGUUAUCAUCCUGGUGUGCUACCCACUGGUAGCCAAACGCAUUUCCAUGAUCGGCACCAAAACAGCUCAGAAGGCUAUGAGGGUCAUCUACACCAUCCUCGCCAUCACCCUGUUCUGCUUCCUGCCACACCAUGUGGUUUACCUCCUGCACCUUCUUCAGCGCCUGGAGGUCAUACAGAACUGCUCUGUCCGGACUUCCAUCUACAACGCCAGACGAGUUACCAUGGCGCUCAUCACCCUCAAUACAUGCCUGGACCCUGUGCUCUACUACAUAACCACCAGCCACUUCAGAUGGGAGCACCUAAAAAGGACGUGGCUCUGGGGCAUAGUGAGCAGGAGAAGGGGGAUUUACACCAUCUCAAGUGAUCUGAAGGAGAUAAUGACGCCUGUACAGAGAAUCCCAUAAAAUGCAAAGACUUUAUGAUAUAAAAAUUAAAAGGUUUUCACACCUGACAGAUUAGUAGACUUAGUUCAAUUGGAGACCAAAAUAGCAACAAUUGUUCUAUUUUCAGCUGGUGCGAUUUACUUUCACCCUGCACUGUGAGAAACAAACCAAACUAUUAGAAAAACCAAUUUAGCUCCACAUCUUUGGUGUUGCUGCACUAAGAACCACUGAAUAACACAAAAACCUCAUAAAAUGCAAACAAAAAUGGAACGGUGUCAGGUAUAUGUACUAUCAGGGUUUCUAUUUUGUUUUUGGUAAUAAACCACAAGCCAUUUUUUUCCUACCGCUAGACACAAACAAUGACCUAGCACUACUUUUAGAGUGGUCUCCUGUCCACUUAGCAUUCACAUUUGGACAGCACCACAGUUCACUUUUCAGAUUCAGUUCUACCCUUCUACAGACAGGACCAGAGUUUGCUUUUUUGGUCUGCAUCCAAGUUCGAUUGUGCAUUCACAUAUCCCCAAAUGAACCAGACUUUAGAGGUAAAUAACAAGAGUAUGAUUAAAAAGGACUAAGCAUGGCUGGUGUGAAUGCAUAUUAAAACUUUUUAAUUUUAAUGUAUUCUCUGAACUGAAAAACAGUCAACAGUGACCUAUUGCAUGAUAAAUUCUGCAAAUCAGAUUGUGAGAUCUCUUAUCCAGAUUUCCUUUCAGAUUCAGUUCUACCCUUCUUCAUCUUGAACUUUCUGACAAACACUUUUUAGUCACAUCAUCCACUCUGAUGAACACUCUUGUUCCGUCAGAACAAAAGUAACCCCUGAGCAUUACGAUGCCGCCACCACGUUCCAUUGUGGGUAUUGUGGGGUUUUGAUUUGGCAAUGUUUCUGCAUCAAAUCACCUUUUCAGUGGUGACACAUUUUUUGGACCAUAGAAAAUUCUUCCAGAGCCCAGAUGUUUUCUGUCAGAAGUAAAACAACAAGUAGUUGCUAAAAAAUUCUGCAACUCCUUCUUUGUUGCUAUAUGCCACAGAUAUUUGUCUGCCUCCCUGACCUGUCUAACCCUUCUUCAAGGUUAAAGAGAAAGCUUAACAUUGAAGGCAACUAAAUUCAACACAAACGUACAAACUUAUGAAACGCUGAACUUCAGCUUUAUUUUUUUU